GUUUGGCGGCUCGAGACUCCGAGAUGGCAGAGCAAGUUUCUCCGGGAAAGUCGGCGGGCCGGGUGUGCACGUUCCUCUUCAAAAAGCCCAAGCGGAAAGGCAUUGCGGGCCGCAGGAAGCGUCCGUCGUGCGGCCCGGAGUCUGGGGACAGCGACAGCAGUAGCGACGAAAGCAGCACUGUGGUCCGACCCGAGAAGAAGCGGGCAGUUCCCAACCCCAUGGUCCAGAAGACGCGCGGCGUCGGCAAACCGAAGGCGUCCGACGGCCGCCCGAGCGGGGACAGGGACCCGGGGGAGGAGGAGGAGGAGGAGGAAGAGGAGAGUGUAAGUCUGGCCGUGGUCUACAAGUCCACCCGCUCUGCGAAGCCCGCGGGGCCUGAGGAUAUGGGGGCGACCGCCGUGUACCAGCUGGACACAGACAAGGAGCGAGAUGCACAGGCCAUCUUCGAGCGCAGCCAGAAGAUCCAGGAAGAGCUGAAGGGCAAGGAGGAUGACAAGAUCUACCGAGGAAUCAAUAACUACCAGAAAUACAUAAAGCCCAAAGACACAUCCAUGGGCAACGCAUCCUCCGGGAUGGUCAGGAAGGGCCCCAUCCGAGCGCCCGAGCACCUGCGUGCCACAGUGCGCUGGGAUUACCAGCCGGACAUCUGUAAGGACUACAAGGAGACUGGCUUCUGCGGCUUUGGAGACAGCUGCAAAUUCCUCCACGACCGUUCAGAUUACAAACACGGGUGGCAGAUCGAGCGUGAGCUUGAUGAGGGUCGCUAUGGUGUCUGUGAGGAGGAAAACUACGAAGUAGGAAGCGAUGAUGACGAAAUACCAUUCAAGUGUUUCAUCUGUCGUCAAACCUACCAAAACCCAGUUGUCACCAAGUGCAAGCAUUAUUUCUGUGAGAGCUGUGCAUUGCAGCAUUUCCGCACCAGUCCGCGCUGUUAUGUCUGUGACCAGCAGACCAGCGGUGUCUUCAAUCCUGCCAAAGAACUGAUUGCUAAACUGAGGAAGCAUAGAGCUGCAGCAGAGUGUGGUGCUUGCAGUAUUGCAGAGGACCCCGAUGGAGUUUAAUUCUCAUGGCUUGGGUUUUUCAUAAAUUUCCCUUUGAAAUAUUUUUCUUCUGGUCUUCAAAAGCUCCCCAAAACAACCGUAACCGAAGGAAUGGGUUUUACUUUCUAGAAGGAAUAUCAAGUUUGUUUUAUAUGAAUAAGCUGCAGAUUGAAUCAAUACAGUCAACUUUUCAGGAACUCUCAACAUGUCAUAGUUAUACAUUCAAAUCAAAAUGAGUUUAGUACAUACUCUGGUGAGCAGUGUGUCAUUUUUCCGCUUGAAAGAACAGUGUUGCCGCCUAGUGGUUAAAUAGACUUCAGACCUUCCAAAGAGCUGUUAAUAAACACUUUAGAAAUUCAGAAGUUACUAGUUUAUGGGGAAAAAUAAGGCGGUUAAUUUGGAAUUUCAAACAGAGGAAACGGGGCAGUGUCAGGGGCCAGUGUACUUAAAAUUGGAAGAUAGACGUUAAGGAAAAAAAGUUUACUGUAUGCACGAUUCAUUUUGCAAUUUGGAAAGAGACUAGUUACACUUAAAUUGUAAGUUAUUCAAGGCAUAUGUUUAAAAAAAAAAGCUGAUAUGUGGUGCACACCUAUAAUCCCAGCUGCUGAAGCAAGAGGAUCCAUAGUUCCAGUCAAGUGACUUCUUGGAGUCAGACAGCCAGUGAGACAAUCAUCAUUUAAGCUACUCUUUGUCUGAUGGAAAGACCUGUACUGCCUUUUUUUCGACAUGAAUGGUAGAUUAACUGAAAGAAAG